AUGCGUGCAUACGUCCCCCCACCCUUGAUGUCGAUAUUUCCCGUCCUUCCCAUGACGCACGCUAGGCUGCAUUCCUCGAAAGGCUUCCCCGCGGCAGGCGGCCUCGCCCUCCUCCAGGCUCCCACGCCACGCCUGGUGCUCCAGACACAGGCCGCCUGCUCUGCUCUUCAGCUGUUUGCUCGCGCAGCCGGUGGAGGGAAGCAGCCGAGCCCGAUGGAGCCGGGCCAGGCCAGGCCAGGCCAGGCCCGCACAGAGCAGCCACUUCAGCCCGGCGCCUAUUCUGGGUCCGUCCCACUCUUGCCGGGCCCUCGACCCCCUGUGGCCAAGCCGGAGCACCCAAUGGGUGUCUCAGCGCCCAGCGGCGCCACGGUGCCGGUCCCCAAGCCGCCUCCCCUCUGCCGAGAGGCCCCGAAGAAGACUGUCCUCCGUAAAGUCGUCAAGAAGAAGGUCUUGAAGAAGAAAGGCAAGGCUUCCUCCGCAGAAACAGCAGCGGCAAAGCAGGCGUCAGAAUGCCCCCCGCUGGGACUCGAGUCUCUGAAGGUGCGGGACUCCCAGCUGCGAGCUUCCAGUAUCCAGCGCGAUGGCCUCGGGGCCCACCGUGGACGCCUCAACAUACAGUCCGGCAUCCACGACGGAGACUUCUUUGACGGCGGCUGGUGUGCUGGGUACAAAGACAAGAACCAGUGGCUGGAAAUCGACGCCCGGAGGAUGACGCGCUUCACUGGAGUCAUCACACAAGGGCUGAACUCAAUCUGGACCUACGACUGGGUGACUUCCUAUAAGGUGCAGUUCAGCAAUGACAGCCACAACUGGCAGCCCGGCAAGAACGGGAGCGAAGAGGCGACAUUUCCUGGAAACAAGGACCCCGAGACCCCCGUCCUCAACCUGCUCCCCGUCCCGGUGGUGGCUCGCUACAUCCGCAUCAACCCUCAGUCGUGGUUUGAGAACGGGACGAUAUGCCUGCGGGCGGAGAUCCUGGGCUGCGUCGUGCCAGAUCCCAACAACGUCUAUUUGUGGAAUGAUGCACCAGCAACCAAGGAUAAAUUGGAUUUCGGGCACCACAACUACAAGGGAAUGAGGAAGCUGAUGAAGAAGGUGAACGAGGCGUGCCCCAACAUCACGCGGGUGUACAGCAUCGGCAAGAGCUACCUGGGCCUGAAAAUGUACGUCAUGGAGAUCUCGGACAACCCCGGGCAGCAUGAAGUGGGGGAGCCAGAGUUCCGCUACGUGGCUGGCAUGCACGGGAACGAGGUGCUGGGCCGGGAGCUGCUGCUCAACCUGAUGGAGUACCUGUGCCACGAGUACAAGCAGGGCAACCCCCGCGUCCGGCGGCUGGUCACGGAGACCCGGAUCCACCUGCUGCCCUCCAUGAACCCGGACGGCUACGAGACAGCCUACAAGCUGGGCUCGGAGCUGUCGGGCUGGGCGCUGGGCCGCUGGACCUACGAGGGGUUCGACCUGAACCACAACUUCGCCGACCUCAACACGGCCCUGUGGGAUGCGGAGGACAACGAGAUGGUGCCCCAUCAGUUCCCCAACCACUACAUCCCCAUUCCGGAGUCGUACACGUACCCCAACGCCACGGUCGCCCCCGAAACCCGGGCGGUCAUCAGCUGGAUGCAGCGCUACCCCUUCAUGCUGAGCGCCAACCUGCACGGGGGCGAGCUGGUGGUGACCUACCCCUUCGACAUGACGCGCACCUACUGGAAGGCCCAGGAGCUCACGCCCACGGCCGACGACGCCGUCUUCCGCUGGCUCGCCACCGUCUACGCUGCCUCCAACCUGGCCAUGGUGGACGACGACCGGCGCCUCUGCCACUACGACGACUUCAUGAGGUCCGGCAACAUCAUCAACGGGGCCAACUGGCACACCGUGCCCGGAAGUAUGAAUGAUUUCAGCUACCUGCACACGAACUGCUUCGAGAUCACAGUCGAGCUGUCCUGCGACAAGUUCCCGCAUGAGUCGGAGCUGCCGCAGGAGUGGGAAAACAACAAAGAGUCCUUGCUGCUUUACAUGGAGCAGACCCGCCGGGGCAUUAAAGGAGUUGUGCGAGACAAAGACACGGAGGAAGGCAUUGCGGACGCCAUCAUUUCGGUGGAUGGGAUCAAUCACGACAUCCGAACAGCCUUUGAUGGGGACUACUGGCGCCUGCUGAACCCCGGUGAGUACGAGGUCACGGCUGCCGCAGAGGGUUACCACCCCGUCACCCGGAGCUGCCGCGUCUCCUACGAGGACAACCCCACCAUCUGCGACUUCCGCCUGACGAAGACGCCCAAACAGCGGCUGCGGGAGAUCUUGGCCAAGGGCGGGAAAGUGCCCAAGGACCUCGCCCUGCGUCUCCGCCACCUGAGGCUGCGCAAGCUCAAGGCCCAGCGCCGGUCCCAGUGAGGGGUCGUCUCUGCGGAAGGAAGAGUUUGCCAGCCCCCCUUCACUUCUCGUCUCUUAGACGCUUCCUUCCUCGUCCCAGAUGUUUUAGGUCCUAUAUAUGGAGAGAGGCACGGCUGGCUAACCCACAAGCAACUUCUCGGCUUUGGGGAAAACAUGCUAUAGGUGUAUCAACUCUAGUAUUUGUCCAGAGAUUCUGCUUCCAGCAUCCUGAACACCUCAAGCCCUUAAUAGCAGUAGCGUUCGGUGCUGGGUUUUCUCACGUGGCUGGUUUGGAGAUCCGCACUCACAACAAUCUGAAAACGUAAAAGAUGGAUGUGUGCCUAGGAACCCGCCAGGAACGGUGCUGGGUUUCUACAAGGACGGCUUUGGGGUCUAAGCGUAUCUGUGAAUUAAUACGUACGCAUGUGUGCAUGCUCACUCUCCCCGGCCCUUCCCUCAGGCCAUGGAGCUGCACCGGUGGAGCGCAGAGAAACUCUCCUCAUUGCUUCACAUACCAGUUCCCAGCACUGGGAACCGAUUCCAGUGGAAGUCCCAGGAAAUCCUGGGGGAAAACAAGACACCCAAGCAGUGCGUUUCCAGAAACAACCGAGUUGGCCUUGCUGUGCUCUUGAGGACCAGCCGAGGCUGCCUUCCCUACCCUGGGGCCCUUCAGGUGUGUCAGAGGGCAACCCCAAAAUUGCCAGGCACUGGGCCAGUGGCCUAGCAUGGCUGGGGAUGAUAGAGCUGCACUCCAACACACCCGGUGAGAUGCAGCUGGUGGAAAGCUGCAUGGAUGAGGCUGUUCCUCGAAAGCUCACUAGCAGGAUCCCAUCCUGCCGCCGCUGCCGCCCUGCCCCUGCCACGGCAAUUAGCUGUCACCCUGGCCUACAGUUUCUAAGCUCAGCGCGUCACCCAUUCUCAAGGGUGUGUCUCCGCAUUCCUCAUCCUGGAGGUUGGCUUUACACAGUUCCGGCCUCUCCUGGGAAUGGUGCAGCUGCCCGGCCUCUUUGUCCCUCUGGGAAACUCUGAGCACCUUCAGAAGCUCCUCCAAGCUUGCUUUGAAACACAGGCAGGUGCACUCUGCGGAACCCCUGGAUCAGUUUUGGUCAAUGCUUUUCUGCGCUGGCCAAGGGGCUCUCCAGAGCUCCUGGCAGAAGCCUUGCCUGGUCCUACCUAGAAACGCCGGGAGUGAGUCAGAGGCCUUGUGUGUGCAACACGACUGCUCUACAGUUGAGCUGCUGUGCUUGGUCCUUCUCCGCUGAGCAUCCCGGCAGAGAGAGGAAAUUCUGUCAGUGCACCAGUGAGAAAAAAUCCGGGAUGGCAGCACCCACUUGCAAGGUUUGGGAGCUCAGGCAUGAGCGCGGUUGGCCCCUUCCAUGAUGUUCCCUCCCUUCUCCCUAGUUUUACCAAACUUCUGCAUCACAUUUUUAAAUGCAAGGGCUUGGGGUGGGGGAGAGGAUGUCACAGCACCCAGGCAAACUCAUGGCGUGACCCUUGCUCCAACAGGCAGGCCCUGACUGGAGCGUGCCGGGUACGUGGUCCCAUCUUCCGGGGCCUGGCAUAGGCAGUGCAGAAAGGAGAGCCUGGCGAGUGGGAACUGUUAAGUACGAAAAUGCUGGCAUUGAGGUGCCCUUGCUAGUCAAGCGGCAUUCAGACAAGAGUUUUUCCAAAUAAACCUUUUGCUAUUUAAUCUUCAA